AUGUCGUCUACCGAUAAGCUCACCGUCCUCAUUACCGGAUGCUCCCCAGGCGGAAUGGGCGCAGCUCUGGCCGUCGCCUUCCACAGCGCCGGACAUAACGUUUACGCCACAGCACGGAACACAUCCAAGCUAUCCCCUUUUGCCGAGCAGGGUAUCCAAACGCUCCCCUUGGACGUGACCUCCGCGCCCUCAGUCGCAUCCGCGGUCGCGUCCGUGACUGCCUCUCUCCCCGCCACCAAAGGCCUCGACAUCCUCAUCAACAACGCCGCAGGCAACCACACCAUGCCUCUCGCCGACGCCUCCCUCCCGGCAGCGCGUGAGCUCUUCGAUCUAAACGUCUGGGCCCAGCUCGCCGUCACACAAGCCUUCCUCCCGCUGCUCCUGCGCUCCACCACACCAGCCUCAGCCUUCCGCCCCCUAAUCGUAAACCACACCUCGGUCGGCUCCGUCGCCGCCCUCCCAUUCCAGGGCAUCUACAACGCCUCCAAAGCCGCCCUCGCCAUGCUCACCGCCACGCUGCGCAUGGAGCUCGCGCCGUUCGACAUCCGCGUCAUCGACCUCAAGACAGCCGGCGUCAAGACCAACAUUAUCAGUAAUAGCAACUUCAACGACAGUACCCGCGCCGACAGAUUGCCCGAGGACUCGAUCUACGCGCCGGCUCGCGAGCUGGUGGAGCGCGCCAUGAGCCAGGAGGCGCUGCGGGAGCGGGGCGUGACACCGGAGCAGUGGGCGGGCGAGGUGGUGGGAUUGUUGCUGGGGCGGAACCCGCCGGCGGUGAUUUGGCGUGGGGAGAGUGCUUUGCUGGCGAGGGUGGCGACGGCGGUGCCGUUAAACCUGUAG